AUGAGCAGACUUCAUGAGCUCUCCGGAUUUGAUCAAAAAAUGUACAAUGAGGUAUGGUGUUAUAAUGGAAACUAGGCGGUUUAAUAGUUUAGGCUUACAAGGUGGCAGUAAAGUCGCUUGAAUGCAACGAAGUCCCGGUUGGUUGUGUAUUUGUAUAUGAUGGGAUGAUCAUAGGUCGAGGUCAUAACGACGUCAAUCGGUAACUCACCUUCAUAUCAUUUUCAAAUACUCUAGAAUGGCUAACCCAACUCUGCACGCAGAAAUGAAAGCAGUGGAAGAGGUUACAAGAUGGUGCCAAGAGAAUCAAAAAGAUGCAAGAACAGUAAGGAGAACGCACGCUGUUUCUUUCUUGCAGGUGUUCAGUGAAUCUGAUGUAUACGUAAAUCUCGAGCCGUGUUGUAUGUGUUCAUCAGCACUGUAUCAACUGAAAGUGAAGAGAGUUGUCUUCGGAGCGCCGAAUGAAAGGUUCGGGGGGAUGGGGAGUGUAAUGUCCAAUGAGGACUUCAAACAUGAAGCCCAGAUUGAGGUCAUACGAAAUGUGGAUAUGGAUCGAUCAAUUCAAUUAUUGCGCGAUUUUUACAAACAGGAGAACCCAUUUGCCCCCGAGGAAAAAAGAAAAACGAGGAAUAAAUUGGCCGCCAAAGAAGAGCUCUCAAAGUAA